CGCCCGGCUCCGCUAAUAGACUUCAUUCCACCUAUGCUGAGGGGCAGCCUGAUGCACCCUAUUUUACGUCGUACUACCUCGCAAUUUUUUUCACCAAAUUCAUUUCUUCCUUCGCCACCGCAUUAUUACCUUACCUCCUUCUCCCACCGCGCUUAGCAUAUUCUAUCAAAGGCGCAGAAGGAGUGCCCUUGACUCUGAAGGCUUAACGUCGCCACCAGCCUCUUGCGCACAGUCGCCGUUUCGCUUUUAAUCCAUCGCCAUCCUGUACAUGGCGUCAACCACGUUCGCGCUUGUGGAUGCAAGGAAGUCGAUUCUAGAAGAUGGGUUCUUUUCUAUGGAUGACUCGGUGGUAGGAGAACACGUCUUGGAGAUGGAGCAGAAGGACUUUCCCUUCGCAUCAGAAUAUGGCUUGGAAUUCUGCAAGCUCAACCUCCUUGACGAUACGCGUAUCCGAUCCAUACUCGAGUCCUUCUUCCCAAGGCCUGGUCUUGGACUUUGUCUGAAAUACAGCAACGAUCCAGGCCAUAUCUUUUCCUUUAGGAAGGGUGGCGCGAAGGCUGGUUUGCGCGUUCUAAUUGUUCAGUUGUGGAGCGUUGGAUCGCGAGCUGGGUACUGGGGCGGUUCGCACCUACUCUCGUUGCCCGCCGUCCGCGCAGCAAAUGGCUCGUGGGAAGUCCCUUCCUCUGCCUUGAAACGUGCUGGCUGUAAGGAGACAGAGAUUAAGUUUGAACAAGGUGGCCUAGCCAUUCUCGAUGCCAGACUCGCUUUCGAAAUCAAGGACGGGUUUACAAUCACAUCUGCAUUUGCAACGGAGGACGAAGUCAAGACAUGGGCUAAGAUGCUCCUUCCUAGAUCGCCGGAGUUGGCAGCAAAGGUCACUGAAAUGGAGAGCAUAUACACAAAGAUUGGGGUGAACUUCGCAUUUGAGGACCCAGAACCAAGGUAG